UUUCUCUCUUCUCUUCUGCUCUCCUUAUCUCUCAUUUUCUUCUUCAUUCAUCUUUUUCUGUGUUCUUAUCAGAAAAUAAUGUAAAGAAUCUCAACCUGAAAAAAAUGUCAAACAAGAGACUUAAUAUUGAAGAUCUCUGCUUCUCUGCUUGUGGAUUUAAACCUUACCCAAAAAGCAAGAAAAAACUCUGGUUCAAAGGAAAAUGACUGAAGCUCUUUUAAGAAGAACAUUGAUAAUGGAAAAUCACCAGCCAUCAACACUAUUAUCUAUGGACUCACGUGUCGGUUCGCACGAAGAAUUGGAUAGAGAGAUGAAUCGGCAGAUCAUUCUUUCACGGCCGCCUGAUAUUAAUCUGCCGUUGUCUGCUGAACCAAGCCCACCACCACCACAACUAUGGAAUCCUGAUAAUGAUAUUGUCUUAGAUGUUCAUCUGGGACCUCAAGCUUAUGAAACAGAAGCGUUACUCCAUUUACCGAAAGUUGUGCGGAAAUGUGCGAAGAGGGUUGAUAGCAUCUGGGGUGCUUGGUUUUUCUUUAAUUUCUACUUCAAGCCUGUUUUGAAUGAGAAGUCGAAGGGGAAGGUUAGUAGGGAUGUGAAUGGUAUUUGUGGGUUUGAUAAAACGGAUCUCCAGCUCGAUGUGUUCUUGGUUCAGCAUGAUAUGGAGAAUAUGUAUAUGUGGGUUUUCAAGGAAAGACCCGAGAAUGCGUUGGGGAAGAUGCAGCUGCGGAGUUACAUGAAUGGACACUCUCGUCAAGGAGAGCGUCCUUUUCCGUUUAGUGUGGACAAGGGUUUUGUUCGAUCUCACAGAAUGCAGCGGAAACAUUACAGGGGACUUUCUAAUCCACAGUGUGUUCAUGGAAUUGAGAUUGUGCGUUCGCCCAAUCUUAACUGUCUGAAUGAUGAAGAAAGGAAAAGAUGGAUGGAGCUCACUGGGCGUGAUAUGAACUUCUUGAUUCCUCACGAAGCCAGUGAUUUUGGGUCUUGGAGGAACCUUCCGAAUACUGAUUUUGAGCUUGAGAGGCCUCCUGCGUCUAAGGCAGCUGCAGGUCAUCCUAAUCAGAGGAGAUUGCUUAAUGGGUCUGGUUUGAAUUUGGCAACGUCACCACCAAACCAGGCUAAUGGAGAUGCGAUGGAUCUUUCCCCAGUGAGUAACAAGCGGAGGAAGGAUUUCUUCCCUCAUGGAAGUGAUGACGACAAUUUGUCAAAUAAUGCUCCUGCUGAUCGUGCGCAAGUUAUGGAGAUCCACCCUGUUGAGCCUACCUGGUUGAAUGGAUUUAAUGCGAUGACGAGGAAUAACGCCCAUGGACCUGUUGCUGCAAAAACUAUAUAUGAGGAUGAAGAAGGUUAUUUGGUUGUUGUUAGCUUGCCUUUCACUGAUUUACAGAAGGUAAAAGUCUCAUGGAGGAACACUCUUACUUGUGGCAUCGUCAAGAUAUCAUGUGUUAGCACUGCAAGAAUGCCAUUUAUCAAACGGAACGACAGGACAUUCAAACUUGCAGAUCCAUCACCAGAGCACUGUCCACCAGGCGAAUUUGUUAGGGAAAUCCAGCUCGCAACACGAAUUCCAGAAGAUGCAAAGCUUGAGGCUUACUUUGAUGAGUCUGGAACGGUGCUGGAGAUCAUGGUGCCUAAACAUCGUGUUGGACCAGAAGAACAUGAGGUUCGUGUUUGUCUUCGACCUCAUCUUGGUACCAAUGACCUUCUAUUAACUUAAUAGAAUUAUUAUCAGAUUAUUAUUUAAAUUUUAAGAACUGUAAGGCAGGACGGGAUUAUCAAAAAUGGUUUGUAUUUUUCAUUCUUUGCUAACUUCAUACCAUAAAGUCGAUUAUUAAAUGAAAAUUGCAUCCUUUCAAUA